AUGACUUUCAUCAGCUGCCAGCCACUGCUAAGGUGUCCUGGGGCUUCUCAUCGAAGGGUUGCUCUGGAGAGAAGGAAAACAAGCAAGCUGCAAGCAGAAACAGAGGGUGAGAGCGGUCCUGGUGGGAUGGAGCAGCCUACCAGUUUAUCUCCAGAUGCAGAUCAGGGAAUAAUGCCAGCUGAGCAGAGCUUCACCUCUCCUGCCCUUCCUGCAUGGACAGACGAGCCCAGCAUCGACAAUCCACCUUUUGAGGAGAACCCAGUAGCAGACACAAAUCAACAGCCACCUACCUUGCCUGAAGGAGAGAUCACUACUAUUGAAAUCCAUCGGUCCAAUCCUUAUAUCGAAUUAGGAAUUAGCAUAGUGGGUGGCAAUGAAACGCCUUUGAUCAACAUUGUCAUUCAGGAGGUUUAUCGAGAUGGGAUCAUUGCCAGAGAUGGAAGACUUCUUGCUGGAGACCAAAUACUGCAAGUCAAUAGCUUUGACAUAAGCAACGUGUCUCACAACCACGCUCGAGCUGUGCUGUCCCAGCCUUGCUCGGUGCUGCACCUCACCGUGCUGAGGGAGAGGCGGUUCGGCAGCCGCACACACAACCACGCCGACACCACCUGCUCCGUGCGGGAAGACAGCUUUCAAGUGACAUUGCAUAAACGCGACUCCAGCGAGCAGCUUGGCAUUAAACUUGUACGCAGAACAGAUGAGCCAGGAGUUUUUAUUCUCGACCUUUUGGAAGGGGGUUUGGCUGCUCAAGAUGGCAGGCUCUGCAGCAACGACCGCGUGCUUGCAAUUAACGGACAUGACCUGAAGCACGGGACACCUGAGCUUGCUGCUCAGGUUAUACAGGCUAGUGGGGAGAGAGUGAAUUUGAUUAUCUCUAGACCCCUGAAGUCACAGACGGUCAGCAUUAUCCGAGACACCGGGACUCACAACAGCAACCCACACCAACACCAGUCCCAGCAGCUGUUCCACAGCAGGCCCAACUCACAUAAGGAUCUCUCCCAGUGUGUUACAUGCCAAGAAAAGCACAUUACUGUGAAAAAAGAGCCACAUGAAUCUCUGGGAAUGACAGUGGCAGGAGGCAGAGGCAGCAAAAGUGGCGAACUGCCCAUCUUCGUGACAAGUGUACAGCCCCACGGGUGUUUGGCAAGAGACGGCAGGAUUAAACGAGGUGAUGUGCUGCUGAACAUCAAUGGCAUCGAUUUGACCAACCUAAGUCACAGCGAGGCAGUGGCCAUGCUGAAAGCUAGUGCUGCCUCUUCAGUGGUUGCCCUGAAAGCCCUGGAAGUCCAGAUUGUAGAAGAACAGCCCCAGGCUAAUGAAGAACAGUUGAGUACCAUCAGUGAAAAUGAAUACGAUGCCAGUUGGUCACCAUCCUGGGUCAUGUGGCUGGGACUUCCAAGCUGCCUACAUAGCUGCCAUGACGUAGUACUGCGACGCAGCAACUUGGGGAGCUGGGGUUUCAGCAUUGUCGGUGGCUACGAGGAGAACCACACGAACCAGCCUUUCUUCAUUAAAACAAUUGUUCUUGGAACUCCUGCAUAUUUUGAUGGAAGAUUAAAGUGUGGUGAUAUGAUUGUUGCUGUAAACGGACUAUCAACGGUUGGAAUGAGCCAUUCUGCACUUGUUCCCAUGCUGAAGGAGCAGAGGAACAAAGUAACUUUAACCGUGAUUUGCUGGCCUGGAAGCCUCAUAUAGAUUUGGGAAUCACUUUGGUUCAAGCAGCUUCUUUUUUUAGAUAGUUGGCAUAAAAAUCUCCUUUAUCUUUUUUUCCUUAUUGAUACAGCUGAUUAUAAGCAGGGCCAAAACUGCUGUAUUUUCUUUUUUACGGGUGUCUCAGACUUGCUCCAUGUAUCUCUCCAUCCUGAAAUAGCCAUUUCUGUUUGCUGUAUCCAUGGCUGAUGCAAAUGCAAAUAUACACGAGCUCACA